CGCAUGUUGUCCGAGCAUCUUCAGCCGCACCUGAUCCACCACCCGUCUGAGAUCGAACUUCCAGGAUUGCGAGAGGGUCUCGCUUACUUCGGUCACAAUGAUGGCCGAGGCAUCAGACUGGUUGAUGGCGAGCGCGCGGUCAAGCGCAGCGCAACCGAGAGCGAGGGCUCCAGCGCCAAGGCCAACCCUCAGAAAAGGCGGGGGCAAGGGCCCCGAGGACGCUCACGUGAACGCCAAGCUUCUUCGUCAGUUGGAGUCACAAGUGCGCAGUUUGAAGUCCGGGGCAGGUCUCACACUGUACAGCCCCAGCGACGACAGCAUCGGACAGACGCUCAAGGAGUAUCAGAAGAAGAUGGCGAGGAAGAACAAUACUCCUGAGCUCGGGCCGCCCGAACGGCAGAGUUUUGCCGCACUUCUGAACGCUUUCAGCGGUUGGCUCGAACAGCAGGGCAAUGCGCAGGUUCCGGUCAAGAGCCUCGCGGACGUUCCCAAACGCCUUCUUCUCAUGAUGACAAAAGGGGGCAGGGAGCUCGCCAUUACAUGGGUGAAGGAGUGCGGAACCAGCACGGUCCAGAACAGCAGCAUCGCGCGCAUCUCGAUGAAAGUGCUGGGUUGCAUCACGCUCACCGACCCGUUCGAGCCUGGCCCCAACGCCCUGGAGGACCAAGAGGCGCUGUGGCGCACCUUGGCCGACAAGGACGCGGACGAGGGAGACAAGCGCAAGGCCGAGGCCCGCGUGCUCCGCUCCCCGCCAGAGCACGAACAGUUGAACCACGGGAAAGUGAUUUCGGCAGGCCUUGUAUCGCAUUUUUCGGGCAGCAGGCUUCAACAACAAAGUGGGCAGAGCCCCGCGAGGCAAGCUCGUGCGAAUGAUCACAGUCGGGAAGUAGAUUAGGAACGACUCGUGAACGCCCGCCCCGCGUGGGGUGUCCCAGCAAUCUGCUGGCACCGUUCCACCGUUUCAGGAGGGGGCGUUCACUCAAAAUUUGCCCUUGCCUUUUUCGGUAGUUUUGGGUCGGCCCGGGAACGUGAGCUCCCCAGGGGAAGAGAUCGGGCGAAGCAGCCGUGGCCCAGAGCAGAAGCUUGUUGCAGCAGAGUGGACGAAGUUGAGCUCGAAUGGGUGCGACUCCUCCCCCUCCUCCUCCUCCUCUUCGCUCUCCUCCUCCUCCUCCUCCUCCUCCUCUUCGUCCUCCUCCUCCUC